AUGGCACAAAAUAUCCUACGCACAUCCACCACCAAAAGAGUCUGCUUAGCUUCUACCACUAACAGCACCAAACAUUGGCUUGAUGCACGAUCCUUUAGCAGCAAAACAACGGGUUGGUUUAGACGAUUCUUGAGCCCUGCUGAAGAAAAGAAGCUUUACUUUGGCAUCACCAGUUCAUUUCGUGAAAAACUCGUUGAACAAUCCAACAAGAGCGCACAGACCUACAGCAAUAUCAUUGAACACGCCAUCUUGAGUGCAAAACCAGUGCCGUCCAAAUUAACAAAGACAGGCAUGCUUUCAUUUGCACGCAUUGAGCAACUCAAAUUGGAUCUGGACGCAGCAGGAAAACAAAGAGACAUAAAGCGACUGAAUGAAUUGGAGAUGGAAAUGAAUAGUGCAGAUCUAAAGACAGUGACCAUGUACAAUCGACUGAUUCGUGCGUAUAUAUGGAGCGAUUCGUUGGAAUCUGCUCAACAUGUUUUGGAUUCGUUUGAACAUGGUGGCAUGGUGCCGACAACAAGAACAUUCACUUAUCUUAUCCAAGCUUACCUCAAACAGAAUGAUCUACAAGCAGCGAAACAGCUGGUGGAACAAAUGCAACAUCUUUCUCUACUGAAGCUGCGAAACAACUUUGACUGCAGCAUCAUGUUGAAAUACUAUCAGGCUGCUGGAGACACACAUGCGAUUGAAUAUUUAUGGCGUGAUAUGAUGUUGCACGCAGAUGUCAUUAAACCGGGCCCUGGGUUAUUCACGCAGUAUUUGGAGUAUCUACAUGUCAAGAAGGAUUUGAAUACCAUCACACAACUAGCGCAUGAUUUCUUGCUGCUGCUGCACAGCCAACAACCGUUGAAUCCACAUCAAUACGUCACAUGGAUGAAGGCUGUCAAAGCAAUAGCUACUACCACCAAUACCCCGCAAGCAGAGCACCUAUUAUUUCAUCUCAUCAAGAACGCACCACCCAAGAUUUCAUGGGACAAGGCAAAGGAUGCCAUGCAGCAAAUCGUCGCAUCUUAUUUGGCGCAAGAACAGGAACUCAAGGCUGUGGCAUUUUAUUACAAGCUGGGUAAAUUGGGCGUGCCUGAUACAGCAUUUGAGCCUCAAAUGGUGUACUCCAUUGAAGCAGUACUACAACGCAUAGAGGAAAAAAAUAGAUUAACAACAUUGGAGGAGAACAAGGCGGUGUUGGCAGAAUUAGAGGGAUUGAUAUUAGCUAAAGUUUAG